AUGUCGUUCUUCAGAGCCAAUCCGGGUAUUCUCAUACUUUUACUCAUCCUGACUUCGUUAUCGACCAUCUUCAAUGCCGCCGUGUGGCUCAAAACCAGAGAGGUCUCACAACAAAUAUUUAGGUAUCCGGAGCACGAUUACGAUUACGAUGUGAUGCCUGUGCAAGUCCCGGGGAGCUACAGUCCAGCCACAUUGACUGUCCAGAAUGAUGAUAAGACAUAUCCAUUAACAGACGAUAAGAAGUGGGCCUCUAUCGUUCCGCCUAAGCACGGUUUCGUGAGGCUGGGCUCAAUGGGAACACCAUUCGCCAUAGCAAUGUAUCAUCAAUUGCAUUGUGUUAACGGGAUUCGCUUCGCCUACGUUGCGGCGCGCGACGAGCUGUUCAAACAUGUGAAAGACCGGGAAGACGCAUUCCAGCAUGUGAAUCACUGCUUCGAUAUCAUUCGGCAGAGUUUGCUAUGUAAAGCGGAUACGACGCUUAUUCCCCUUGGUCCGGAUAAGCAACAUACACGCCGUUGCCGUGAUUGGACUCAAGUCCGUGCUUUCGUGGAUGAUAAUCACCGCUUUUGGGCAGAUACUCCCCUGCAGUUGCCAGCUAAUAGGUCUAGCAAAGGAUAUGAAGCAUGA